GAAAGCCACGAUGAGAUUUAAUUAGCCAUCUUCACUCUCUUCCCAGAAGUUAACGUUUUAAACACUCAACUUUAGGUUCGAGACAUCCAACAAUAGGGUCUAAUUAAGGGGUUUGGCAUAGAAAAGCAAAGCAGUAAUGUAAAUUAAGAGUUUUGAUAGUCUCCAAACUUUGUUUCCCUUUGCCUUCAUAAACACGUAGUUUGCAGCAAAGAAACAUAAGACUGAGGUGUUGUCCAGAAAAAAGAAAAAAGAACAAAGAACAAAUAAUUAUUUGCAAUUAAAACAAAACUGAAUGUAAAUAUUUGGAGUAAAUUAUAUUAAAAGCCAACCGUCAUAAUUCCUAGUGUACCAUUACACCAUAUAACAUAAGCAGCCUACUAGAAAUUAUUCAUUCUUGUCCCAAACAAACAUUUUGAUCUCCUAAAAAAAACAAACAUUUUGCUUUUGUAGUCCUCUGUACUGAAAACAACCUUUUGCUUUGUGUUGGUCAAAUUUAUAAUUUUAUAUCUUAAUGUUGACAUGUGAAGUUUAUAUGGCAUGUUUCAGCUUCUCAAUUGAUUUCAUAUUCUGGAUUUCGUCCUUUAUUUUUUUAGUGAUUGUGUGGAACAUAAUCUCUAUAACCAUUUAAGUUAUGAAACAAAUAGUUUUUUGACGACAAAAGUUUAUUAGUUUUAUGGUGUGUCUGAUGCAGACUUGAUUAUCGUUGCAGAUCUUGGACAUAAAUUCUGAUAAAAUUCUCCCCAAUGGUGGAUCAUCGGAGUCAUCUUCUUGUUUUUAUUUUACUCUUAUUCUUAUUAAGGGGCGAGUCAUGGGGAUGGUUUUCAUCAUCUCAGGAGACUCCCUCUAGUGACAAGGCUCAUGCCAAUGAAGGCAAUUUUAGAGUUCCAAGUGCUGAGUUCUCUAUUGAGUCCUUCAAUGACCACAAGGGAGUGAAGUUAAUAGAAAAUGCUAAGAAGAAAAUGAUUAGCUCAAACUCGUGCUGGCAAAAUGCUUAUCAACAUCUUUUUGCUGGGUGUUCUGAAAUCUUGGCUGUUGAUGAGAAGAGGUCUAGAUUGGCUUGGCACCUAAGUGAUUGCUUUCAGAGGGAUUCUGGCAGGUCUCCUUUUCCCCAUUGUGACCCCAAAUCUUCCAUUGCUGUAUGCUCAAGAUCCUUAGAUGACCUUGCCCAUAAGGUUUACCUUGAAUUCUACCUCGAAACCAACACCAUUUGUUAUCAAUUGCAGGCACAUGCAUUCAAAUAUGAAACUGAGAGACUUGUGACUGAAUUAAAAAAUUCAGCCCAAUAUGUUGAGGACAAGUUAGAUAGCAUUGAAGAGAAAUCAGAACAUCUAUUACAAGGCUCAAGACAGAUUCAUGAUUCUCUUGAUUCAAUUGGUAGCCACACAAAACAAGUAGCUCAAACUGCUAAAAAUCUGGAAGGUCACAUUGAUUCUGUAUUAACCCAUUCGAGGAGUGUUUACGAUCAAACUACAAAAAUUGCAUUAUCACAAACACAGAUAAAAGAAGGGCAAGAGAAUAUGAAGAGAAGCUUGAAGGAUGGGGUAGCGAUGCUCAAAGACUCUUACAAUUAUUUGGGCAAAGAAAUUGAAAAGAUAAGAAAUGAAGCCAUUGAGAUUGAAAAUGAGGUAAUUAAAGUUGGAAAUGCCAUGUCAUCAAGGAUGGACAACCUGCAAAGCAAAGCUGGGGAUAUUGGGAAUAUGACUGGGAUUUCCUUAGAUAAGCAACAACAACUUUUAGAUGGGCAAUCCACAGCACUUGAGGGCCUAAACUCAUUGACUGAGUUUCAAGCCAAAGCACUAGAAGAGAGCAGGAAAACCCUACAAUAUUUUGCUGAAUAUGGGCAUCGACAACAUGAAGAGCUUAUUCAGCGUCAACAACAGAUUAAAGGAUUUCAUGAUCGUUUAAUGGAAAACUCAAGGGAAAUAUUGUCUUCUCAGGAAUCUUUUGAAUCAAAGCAAGCUUCCAUGUUUGUUGUUUUAGACAGGAUUUUUGCUUUGCAAAAUACCUUGUUACUUGAAUCAAGAAUGAUCAAAGCUUUCUUCGUUUAUUCCAUAUUAAUCUUUGUCAUCUUCAUGUUGACCAGUACAAAGCAAACAUACAAUAUCAGGCCAUUCCUAUACAUAGAGCUUUGUGCUACUCUCGUUGUGGAAGUACUCAUUAUCCGAUUAACAAGUGAUAACAUUGAGCACCAAACGUGGAUAAUAAGCAUGGUCCGAUUAUUCUUCAUGGUAGCAGCCUUAGUUCAACUUCUACAUGCCAUUUUCACAUACAAGAACUAUGAGACCUUGAACCAUCAAAUGCUGCUAACUCUGAUAAACAAGGUUAACAGUAUGCAAAAAGAAAAGGAGUUGUCAUGGGACUUGGAUUCUGAUUAUGAGGAUUGGUCUGAAUGGGUAGAUGCCGAUUUACCUGAUGAUGUGAAUUGCCUUGAUGAUCCUGACUAUAUACUUCCACAAGAAGUUGCAGAGAAUUCAAUGACAGUUAAAAAAAAUUAUAAUCUACGCAAUCACAAUCUUUUUCAUUGAUUGUUUACCACCCCAAUACUAAUUUAGUAAUUAGAACUUUGAUGUCAUCAGGUGCAUAUCUCUUUAUUCCGUUAACUAGUUUUAUGAUUCUGGAUUAUGUACGUACUAGUGUAUGUGUAACCUGUUAUUUCACUACAUAUGAAGGUUGGUAUGUAGUGGGGAGAUACUAAUAUACGUAAAUAUAAAUAUAGUUGGAAACAUAUGUAACACAAUUACUUGUGAUUAGGAGUAGUUGACUUCUGAGAAUUUUCGCUAUAUUCCGAUGGUAGAAAUGUUUUAUCUAAGUUCUAAUCAAAUACACUCAUUAAAUUUUUGGAAUAUAAGU